AUGGCUGCAGUUAAAAAAGCUUUUCAAGUUAGGUUGCCGCCUCUGCCUAGUAUUAAAGAUGUUAUCAAAUUGUAUAAACUUCGAGCUCUCAGAGAACUCUCGCAGAAUUUUUUAAUGGAACCACGAUUAUUAGACAAAAUAGUCCGCGCCGCUGGUCAUAUCGAAAACCAUGUAGUCUGCGAAGUGGGCCCCGGCCCUGGAGGCAUCACUCGAUCUAUUGUUAAACAAGGACCUAGAAAAUUAAUCUUAAUCGAGAAAGAUCCCCGUUUCACCCCGUCAUUGGAACUGUUAGCGGAUGCAUGCAAAGAUGUCGUCGAUGUUGAUAUAAUAACAGGGGAUAUUUUAAAAACUGAUAUCGCUCACUUUAUACCUCAAGAUGUUAAGUGUGAGUGGACCGAUCCACCUCCUCCAGUAAAUCUGAUCGGUAACUUACCAUUCAGUGUAUCAACAAUAUUGAUAAUAAGAUGGUUAGAAUUGAUUUCAAAGAAAGAGGGGCCUUGGGCUUUUGGUCGUACGAGAAUGACUUUAACAUUUCAAAAGGAGGUCGCAGAAAGAAUGGCCGCCCGCAUGACUGAGAAACAAAGGUGUCGAUUAUCAGUUAUGACUCAAAACUGGUGCGGUGUGAACUAUAAGUUUGAUAUACCGGGAUCAGCUUUCCUCCCUAAACCAGAAGUAGAUGUGGGAGUCGUCACAUUAACGCCUCUCAAGCAACCAAUAAUUAAGUUACCGUUCAAACUUAUUGAGAAAGUUGUCCGUCAAAUAUUUUCUAUGAGGCAGAAGUAUUCAAUCCGUGGAGCACAGACCCUGUUUCCUGAAGAAGUAAGAGAGGAAAUGGCUUUGAGAAUGUAUAAAAUGGCAGAAAUAGAUCCUGUAACGAGACCUUUUCAAAUUGCUAAUGGGGAAUUUGGUAGACUGUGUGAAGCAUACAAAGAAAUUAUAACAAAAUAUCCUGAAUUUGAAAACUAUGAUUAUAGAGCACCGAAGAAACUUAAAUCUGAAGGAGAGGCAACAACAGCUUAA